GUAAGCAGUAAGCACCCGUCUCUGUACGUGUAGGCAGAGCUGAGUUGGGUCCGGCCGGCGCGCGUCUCUUCUUCCUCUUCCUCCUCCCGCCUCCCAUCACGAACUCUUCUUCCUCCUCCACCUCCUCUGGACCACACCGCAGGGCGCAGGCGCAGGCGCUUGGAUCGCAAGCGUCGCUCAUGGCUUUCUGGCCGACGACAGGGAUCUGCUUCUUCUCUCUCUGCAUUCACUCUUCUCUGAGUGAGUGAGUGAGUGAGUGACUGAAUGUGAAGCCGCUUGCUCUGCGAUUGCUGGUUGCGGCGGGCUGCAGCGUUGUCUGAGGUGCGUGGUCAAGUCGAGGCGAAGAUGAGCAAGGAGGACGUGCUCAAGGUGCAGACUUGCGUGCUGAAAGUGAAUAUCCACUGCGAUGGGUGCGAGAAGAAGGUCAAGAAGAUCCUCCACAAGAUCGAUGGCGUGUACCAGAGCAGCAUAGAUGCGGAGCAGGGGAAGGUGACGGUGUCCGGCCUCAUGGAUCCGGCCACCGUCAUCAAGAAGCUCAACAAGGCGGGCAAGCCGGCGCAGCUGUGGGGCGCCAAGCCUGGCGUGGUGAGCCAGCUCCAGAAGCUGCAGCUUGGCGGCGGCGGCGGUGGCGGCGGUGGCAAGGACAAGCAGCCCAAGGGUGGCGACGGCGGGGGCAAGGGUCAGCAGCCUAAGGGUGGCGACGGCGGCGGGAAGGGCCAGCAGACCAAGGGCGGCGGCGGCGGAGGAGGAGGAGGAGGCAAGGGCGGGAAAGAUGCGAACAUGGUGCUGCCGCAGCCGACACCACAGCAGAUGCAGCAGCUGAUGCAGAUGAAGGGCAUGAAGCUGCCUCCUGAGCUCCUCAUGGGCAUGGGCGGCAGCAAGAUGCCGCCGUUCCCGUCGCCCGCGCCUGCACCCGGCCCGCCGCCGCCGGCGGCCAAGGACCCCAAGCCCGCCAAGUUCAGCUACCCCGAGGACGACGAGUUCGGGGACGAAGGCAGCGAGUUCGACGACGAGUUCGAUGACUUCGACGAUGAGGACGACUUCGAGGACGACGGCUUCGACGAUGACGACCUGUACGGUGACCCCAAGAUGAUGGCGAAGCCCGUGGCCAUGCCGCCGGCCGCCGGCAAGAAAGGCGGGAACGGUGGCAAGAAGGGCGGUGGCGGUGGGAACGAGAUCCCCGUGCAGGUGAAGGGGAACGCGCACAACGGCGGCGGCAAGAAGGACUCGGGCGCGAAGCAGAACCAGGGAGGCGGGAAGAACGGCGGCGGCGGCGGCGGCUCGCAGGCGCCGCAGAACGGCAAGGGCGGCGGGAACGGGAACCAGCAGGGCAAGAAGGGCGGCGGCGGCGGCGGUGGUGGGCCGCCUGCCGGUUCUGGCGCCCCGAUGAUGGGCAGCAUGGCAAUGCCAGCGCCGCGGCCGCCGCUGCCGCAGCAGCAACAGCCGGGCCCGGGCAUGAUGAUGAGGCCGCCGAACAUGAUGGGCGGCGCCGGUUUCCCCGGUGGUGGCAUGGGGCCGGGCAUGGGCCAGAUGGGCGGCGCGCCGAUGGGCCACCCUCACCACCCGCACCCGCACCCGCACCAGCACAUGGGUGCGGGUGGCAAUGGCAUGCAGAUGCAGCCUGGCGGUGGCGGUGGCGGUGCCGUGCAUGGCAUGCCAGCCGGCGCCAUGCCGGGACAUGCUGCUGGGUUCUACCAAGGCGGCGGUGGUGCAGCCGGCGGCGGCAUGCCGUCCGGGCCAGAGAUGCUGCAGGCGGCCGGGAACCCCAUGGCCAUGGCGGCGCAGCAGCAGCAGUACAUGGCGAUGAUGCAGCAACAGCAGAUGAUGAAUGGUCACGGCGCCGGCGGCGCCGGCGGGUACCCGGCGAUGGGGUACGGGUACGGCCGGCCGGCGAUGCAGUACCCACCGCCGCCGCCGUACUACUACCACCCGAUGCCGCAGCGGCACCCGCACGACAACAUGUUCAGCGACGAGAACCCCAACAGCUGCACGGUGAUGUGAUCAUGUCCCUGUCAUGCAUGCGAGGAGGCAAAGGUCGCUGCGGCCUGUCGAAGCUUUUUCUCCUGCUGCCUGCUAUUCUUCCGGAGGAGGGAGAGACCGAUCAUGGGUCAGCGUCACCAUGGUUGGAACAAAGUCCCCGGAUUGGAUUGGAUUGGAUCUCAGUAUACAUGAGACAUGCAUGAGAAGCCCCCCCCUACCCCUUUUUUCUUCUUUUUUUUUCUUUUUCACUACUACUACUAGUAUUUCUCUUUUUUUUCUAGCUUGUUUUUCACCUUUACUUUCUUUGGACAAAGAGGGGGAAAAAGAAGCAACUUCCUUGAAGGCGAAGGUAGGUAUAGUAGUAAUUAUCAAUAGUGGUGGGCAUAAGACAUGAUGGUGGUGGUGGUUCAUGGGGUUUAUAGUAAGGAGUAGCUCAAGAAGGGUGGCUCUCAUGGCUCCCCCCUUCUUGUUGCUCCACAAUGUGAUGAUGGUAUGGAGGUGGCAUGGUAGAAAAGCUUGGUGAAUCUCAAUGUGCUUUCGAGUGCCGUGUCUGUCCCUAGUGGAAUGGAAUGUCUCUGGUGUCCCCCCGUUCAUUUUUUUUAA